AUGGGGAAGUGUCUGUCGAAGGGCGCGGAGGCGGAGGCGAAGGAGGCGCCUCCUCGUCAGGCGCAGGAGAAGCCGGAGACGACACCAGAGGUGCCCCUGCAGACCGUCGAGGUUCCUGACCGCGCGAGCGAGUACCAGGAGGUGGAGGUGGCCGCGGACACGGGCGACAUUGAGAUAGAGCUGGAGCCGGCGCCGGAGCCCCGUCGGAAGACGCACUUCGAGGACGAGGCGGGUGAGAGCGAGGAUGCAGUGGUUGAGCCAGAGGACGGGCCUGCGCCGGUCCCGAAGGUGCGACGGCGCUCGAAGGGCGUGUCGUGGUAUGCGAAGGCGGAAGGCUCGGGGGAGGACUCGGGGCGGGCUUACGACGGCAUGGGCGACCCGGUGUCGGCCGAGGUGCUGUCGAAGAGGGAGCAGGACGAGCUGAGGAGGCAGGAGGAGGAGGCGAAGCGCGCGGCGCCGCAGAAGCGGAGCCGCGGGAUCUCGUGGAUCGACGGGCAGCCGGUGGACCGGACGGGCCCGCAGGACGAGGCCGGGCCGGACGGACAGGCGCGGCCGGCAAGCAACGUGUUUCCGCCGCCAGCGCCGCCGAAGAAGAAGUCCACGCGGACGAAGCGGCUCGCGCCGGCGGACAUGGUCGUGGACCACGCGCAGAGGACGCUCUACGCAGGCUACACGCCGCCCAAGCUCAACGUCCCGCCCCCGGACGCCCCUGCGUCUGGCAACGACGACUCCUUGCAACCAACGCCGUCAAGUGACAACGAAGCGAAGCUCCGGAAGGGGCUGCACGCCGGCAACACCCCGAAGUCGAUCGUCCUCGGCAGCGACGACGACGACGACGAGGACGCGCUCGCGGAGCUGUCGGCGCUGGACGUCGAGGUGGCGGCAAUGAUGCGCAAGAGCAACAAAGCCGGGCGCACGAGCAGCCAAACGAACAGCGACGCGAGCAAGGUCGCGCUCCGCACGGGGUCGCACCAGACGAGGGCGCACCCGAAGAAGUCGGCGCUGAAGCACCACCCCGACUCGUCAGGGCACGGCCAGGCCGGGAAUCCGGUCGCGGCGGCAAGGCAGAAGCUGGCGUCGACGAACGCGCUGUGA